AUGAGUAGCCCUGAACCGUCUCAAGAGAGCGUUGGUUGUUUUGUUGAGGAAUUAGCAAAUCCAUCUGAUCCACCCACCAACGUCAGGACAACAAGUUCUACAGAGUACUUCAAGAGUCAGGGGUUUACCAUAUCGAGUUCUACAAGUUGGUCCAAAAAUUCUUCUAUGUCCUCGACAGGCACCAACACUAAUAAUGUUCCUCAGCGCAAGGCCAACAUUUUGGAAACGUCUGUGUUGCAACAGAACGUCGAUGAGGCAAACUCCCAGUCUCGAAGUCCUACACAAGGGGAUCUGACACUUUGUGGUCUGGCCACGGGUGUCGUGGAUUGUGGUCUACGACACAAACUUCCUUGUGUUAUCUUUGGAGAUGCAUACCCAUGGUGGUUGGCGUAA